AUGGAUGAAGAUCUUUCCAGUACUCCAAAACAAGAAUCUCUCAUAUCUGGAAACUCAUGUACGCACACUUAUGGAGCUCAAUCACAGAAGAGGAAGCAUGGCAACCGCCCUGAAUCUUUUACACCAUAUAGCUCACAAAAUUCUACCCUCGGCAUAGAUAGCAAGAAAUCAAAUCAACAUUUCAAUGACUUUGAAAGCGUAGAUAUGAAUAUGUUGAAAACGAAUGCUAUGGCAUGUCUGGUUUCUUCAUCAGAUGUAGAUUACCUUCAUAAUUUAGAAAAUACUCCACGAUGUUUAAAUGUAGAAGGCAUUAUACAUGAUGACACAAGGCACCAGAAAGAUGCAAACAUUAAUCCUAUCAUAAGAGAUUCAAUUUUAUCAAAUUUUCAGUGUGAUAAUGUGAUAUCUGAGCGUGAUAUAAAAUCAAUAAACAUGGUCUUUGACAAUCAGUCAACAGAUAUAUUUACUGAACAAGUUAUAGGACAAUCAAAUUUCUCAAAGACUAUUGACAAUAGUGAUCCAAAUCAAAACGCACUUGUAGAAGGUAUAAGCAACAACAAAAGUAUAUUUUCUGAUAAAGCGUACAACGAAAUCAAACAAGAAAAUUCUCAAGCAUGUUCGUUAAGUUAUCAAAAUCAAGUUGCUUCCGUAAAUAUAACUGAAACAUAUCCUUUCGAAACCAUUCAUAGGAAACUGGAUACCAUUUCAUAUAAUGGCCGUUUAUCAAAUAGAAUGAAAAAUAUCGAAAUACAACUAAGUCCUGUAAGGAUUAGAAUAGCUGCAACAUUAGGAGAAGAUUCGGUAGAACACGUAGAUCAAUCGAUGGAAAUAGAAGUAGAUAGCGAUAACAACGAUCCUGAGGAUCCAGUAACAGAUGAACAAGAGGCUAACGACAUUGAAGAAGAUAACAAUGAAAGUAUCGGACACGCUGCUAGUACUGGUGAGGCCAUAGUCAGCUCUGUUGAAAACACGGUCAGUGCAGAAGUCAAUGAACCUUUGGCUAAGGUAGAAAUUGCAGCUACAUUCAGUGAAACAUCAACCAGUUUUUCAAAUGAAACAAAAAAUACUUCUGGUGAUGAAUUAAAAUUAGCUUUUGUUGAUGAAAUCCUGACGGAAAAUGAAGAAAAAACAUUGUCGUCAGAAUUUAAAGAUAUUAUACACCAUGAAGAUCAGCAAGUCAGCGAUAUUGUUUCCUAUACAGCUGGCUUAGAUAAAGAAGAACGACGUACAGAAGUAGGUGAUCAAGAUAUCGACGAAGGUGUAGAUGUAAGCGACAUGGAUGAUCUUGAAAAUUUAGGUGAGAUGAAAGUUGAUGCUGAAGUUGUAGCUGAGUCAGAGAAUGGAAAUAAUAAAAAGGAAUCGAAAGAAAAAAUGUUUGAAACUUCCAAACAAAGUUCCAGUGAUAUAGGGAAUGAAGGAAUUGCGACAAUUCAGAAGAAUGAAAUUGACGAAAAUGAAAAUGGAUGUGAAAUUGAAGAUGACGAUAGCAAUAGUUUGAAUGAAGAGGAAACAUAUAUGAAAGAAAAUGAUAAUGUUGUUGAUGAAGACAUUAAAGAUAAACAUGAAGAGUGCUCAGAUGAAAAGCAAGAUGGUAAUAUUGAAACUGAUGCAAAGGAAGAAAGAGAAAAAAAUGUGGAAACAGAUAUUGACAAAGGUAAAAAUGAAGACAUAAUAAGAGAUACUUUGGAAAAAGAGAAAACGAGUGAAAAAAAUGAUUCAAAUAAUAGCCCCAAGAAUCAAGUAGAUGGCGGAGAAACCCAUGAGGAUUCAGAAGUAGAGAAGAAGAAUGUAACAGAAGCAAAGUCGACGCAAGAACUUGAAGAACAGACUGCGUCAAACCACGAGGGAAAUAUUCAAGCGGUAUGUACAAAAGAUGACCCAGACAUAACAGAACGUAAAGCAUCUAAAGAAGACAUAGGCGAUGAAAUAACUGAAAACAUAGAAAAAAAUCAAGACACAGUAACUGAGGAGAAAGAUAAGAGUAACAAUGACUCGGAUGACUCAGAAGACGUAAUCAAUGAAAAUACAGACAAUUCAGCUUUUAAUUCGGAAAAAAAUACUGAACUUGGAUCAGUACCAGUUCAGGAAAGUAGUCAGGAAGAUAUUUUGGAAUUACAAAUGGAGAGUGGGACAACUCAAAAUCUAGAGAACAAUGACGACCAAACAAAAUUUGCGAUUAAAGAACCUACUGCACUUUCUACAGAUGAAAUAAAUGCUAUGGAAAACUCUGAUCAAGUUUCCCAAGAAGAAUUGAAAAAUCUAGAUGAAGUACAACUCAAAGAAACAGAAUAUAUCAAUGAGGAAUUGAACGAAGACAAUCAAGACACACAUAUUUCUGAUGCAGCAAAUCAACUCAAUGCAGAACUAGUAGAUGAGCAUGAUGCUGAAGAUGAAGCUAAUAAUGGCGAUGAAGUUGCUGACAGCAACAUAAAAAUUUUAAGCCCUAAAACUAAAGAGACAGAGGUAUCACAAGCUCUGCAAAAUACUUUACAACAAGAAACUGAAAAUAAGGAUAAAGAAUCUAAAACAUAUAUAGCCGGGGAAGAAGCGAAUAAAGAAGAAGAACAAGGAUCUAGUGAACAGGGAGAAAAUGGAGAUUUCGACCAUGAGAAAAUGAAUUCGAAAGAUUUUAAAGAGUUCUCUAAGACCUCGGACAUUGAGAGUAAUAAUACUGUAGAUGAUUCUUUAGACAUCGUUGAAAGAAAAGAAACAUACGAUGAUAUUAUUGAAGAAACAGUGGAUACCGUAGAUGAAAAUGUAACAGAAGAUUCAACUGCAUCUCUAUUAGAAAACAUUCAUCAUAAUUAUUCAUCAGACAGGGAAAGAAACGAUGAUAUAACGGAGGAAACGUGUCCGAAAGAUACGGAAGCCUCAGAAAAUUGUCCUGAAGAAGAAACAAAUGCAAUGUGCGCUGAGAGAGCUGAUCAAGAACAACAAGAAAAAACUUCCGAUGCUGCUGAAAACGAGUGUGUUCUGCUAAACACAGGAAUCUUCUGA